CUCCUUGCGGCCGCCGGGUGCUGGGUUCCCGUCUGCUGCCUCUCGAGAGUCCCGGGUGACUGCCGCAGGCCCCAUCGCCCUGUGGCCUGCAGGUACUGCGAGAUCCGUAGGGAGGACGCUGGGACCCCCGAAAGGUGGGAAAUGGGACUAUUGGCAUUCAGGGAUGUGGCUCUAGAAUUCUCUCCAGAGGAGUGGGAAUGCCUGGACCCUGCUCAGCGGAGUUUGUAUAGGGAUGUGAUGUUAGAGAACUACAGAAACCUGUUCUCCCUUGGUGAGGAUAACUUCAAUAUGCAAUUCCUAUUUCACAGUCUUGCUGUGUCUAAGCCAGAACUGAUCAUGUGUCUGGAGGCAAGGAAAGAGCCCUGGAAUGUGAACACAGAGAGGACAGCUAAACACUCAGCUUUGUCUUCUUAUCUUACUGAAGACAUUUUGCCAGAGCAGGGCCUGCAAGUUUCAUUCCAAAAAGUGAUGCUGAGAAGAUAUGAAAGAUGUUGUCUUGAGAAAUUACGCUUAAGGAAUGACUGGGAAAUUGUGGGUGAGUGGAAAGGGCAGAAGGCAAGUUAUAAUGAACUUGACCUAUGCUCAGCAACUACUCAUAGCAAAAACUUUCAAUGCAAUAAAUGUGUGAAAGGUUUUAGUAAAUUUGCAAAUCUAAAUAAACGUAAGAUAAGCCAUACUGGAGAAAAACCAUUCAAAUGCAAAGAAUGUGGCAAUGUCUCUUGCAUGUCUUUAAUAACAACUCAACAGCAGAGAAUCUAUAUUGGAGAGAACCCCUACCAAUGUAAAAAAUGUGGCAAAGCCUUUAACGAGUGCCCAUGCUUUACUGACUGUAAGAGAAUUCAUGUUGGAGAGAAACAUUGCAAAUGUGAAGAAUGUAAUAACGUCUUUAAGCCUUGCUCAAGUCUUGCUAUUGUUGAGAAAAAUACUGAAAAGAAAACCUACAGAUGUGAAGAAUGUGGCAAAGCUUUUAACCUGUGCUCAGUUCUUACUAAACAUAAGAAAAUUCAUACUGGAGAGAAACCACACAAAUGUGAAGAAUGUGGCAAAUCCUUUAAGUUGUUAUCAUACCUUACUCAACACAAGAGAAUUCAUAGUGGAGAGAAACCCUACAAGUGUGAAGAAUGUGGCAAAGUCUUUAAAUUGUUGUCAUACCUUACUCAACAUAAGAGAAUUCAUACUGGAGAGAAAACCUUCCAAUGUGAAGAAUGUGGAAAAGCCUUUAACCAGAGCUCACAUCUGACUGAACAUAGGAGGAUUCAUACUGGUGAGAAACCAUACAAAUGUGAGGAAUGUGGCAAAGCUUUUACCUGGUUCUCAUACCUUAUUCAGCAUAAGAGAAUUCAUACUGGGCAGAAACCCUACAAAUGUGAGGAAUGUGGCAAAGCUUUUACCUGGUUCUCAUACCUUACUCAACAUAAGAGAAUUCAUACUGGAGAGAAACCCUACAAAUGUGAUGAAUGUGGCAAAGCUUUUAACUGGUUUUCAUAUCUUACUAACCAUAAGAGAAUUCAUACUGGAGAGAAACCCUACAAAUGUGAAGAAUGUGGCAAAGCCUUCGGCCAGAGCUCACACCUUUCUAAACAUAAGACGAUUCAUACCAGAGAGAAACCAUACAAGUGUGAGGAAUGUGGCAAAGCCUUUAACCACUCUGCACAACUUGCUGUACAUGAGAAAACUCAUACCUGAGAAAAACCCUACAAAUCUAAACAACGUGGCGUAGUCUUUAAUACCUAUUCACAACUUCACAGCAGAAUAUUUUUACUGAAUAAAAGUGUUACAAAUGUAAUGAUUAUCAAAAGGCCAUUUACAGCCUAUAAGCCUUUGAGUGCACUAAAAUGUUUAGGCUAAGAACAAUACAAAUAGAAAGACCAGUUCAACACCUCCACUUAUAUCACAGCUCUUACUGUGCACAGAAGAAUUUAUACUGGAGGGAAACCCUCCAGUUAUUCAAACUGUAUUCAACUUCAAAGACUUUGUAUUGGAGAGAAACCUGACAAAUGUAAUAAAUGCAGAAACAACAUUUGUUCAAAAAAUAUACCUUAGAAAACACCAGAGUGUUCACACUAAAAACUAUUUUACAGAUGCAGUAAAUGUGAAAAAAUAUCUAAUCAAAAAUUACAUCAAAAUACAUCCAAGAAUUCAUAGUAAAAAGCCUAAGUCACUGACACUUUCAGACAUUACUGUAAAUCUGAGUGUUGGUUAUAGAGAAUAAUCCAAAGUUAAAUUAAAAUAAGUAGGAGAUUCACCUUUUGGGGAAGUUAUAAUUACAUUUCAAGUAUGCCUUUUGGUGCCAGGCACGGUGGCUCUUUCCUCUAAUUGCUGCACUUUUGCAUGCCUAAGUGGGGGGAUUGCUUGAGCCCAGGAGUUUGGGACCAGCCUGGGCAACAUGGCAAAACCUCAUCUCUACAAAAAAUAAAAUAAAAGCCAGGCUUGGUGGCACAUGUCUGUUGUCCCAGCUACUUGGAAGGCUCAGGUGGGAGGACUGCUUGAGCCCGGAGGUUGAGGAUGCAGUGAGCUGAUAUCUUGCAACUUCACUCCCGCCUGGGCAACAGAGCAAGACCCUGUCUCAAUAAUAAUAAUAACAUAAUAAUAAUAAAGUAUACUCUGUGCAUUGAAAGAGUUUUAGCUUUUUUGAAAAUCACAUAUUUAUGUAAUUCAAGUCUUAAAUCACUUGAUACCAAGCCUUCAUUUCUAGUGUUUAUGUGAAGGCAUGUGGCCUAUUGUUGCUACGUGAAAGCUGUGAGAGUUUCUUCUAUAUUUGGGUGGGUGUCAUUCAUAUCCUUUUCUUUGGAAGAUUAUGGACAUUGCAUUUUAAGUUUCCUGAAGAAAUUUAACCGGAGAGGCUCUUUGUAGUUGUCUUAUAAUAGGGUUGUAAGUGAUUCAUGAGGUAGUUCUUCAGAGUACUAUUCUGCAUUAUAUUUAAGAAAGAAACAUUUGAGUUUUACAAGUCAGUUGUUUUUCCUAUUGCACAUUAAGGUAAUAAAAUUCAGUGGAUUUUGAAAUGCUCUUUUUAGACUGUUUGAACUUAAUUUGUUUUAAUAAGACAAAAUUGUUUUAAUGUCUUUGGACCGUUGUAUAUUAAGUGAUGUUUAUCCUGCCCCCAACGUUAACCUAUCUCACCUUAGUUAUGAUUGCAGGUAACAAAUGGUAACAAUACAAUAGUGGGUAACAUGGUGGAACAGUAUCUGUAAUGAUCCCUUCUCCCAGUGGCAUUAAACUUCAAAUAAUUUGACAAAUAUUGUUCCCACACGUUACACCUUCAUUCUGUUUGCUCUUUUUGUAAUGACAGUGUCAUUAUUAUGGCUAUAAUAAAGCCUAUAUAGGAUUAUAAUCAAA